AUGGAGCCUUCUAUAACCAGACGAGCAGAGCUAAGCUCAAUCUCACUAGCCGGCCUGCUGGAAGGCAACGCAGAUGCAGUGAACGAGCUCGUGUAUGCCUGUAAGACUAACGGAUUUUUUUACCUCGAUUUCCGGAAUGGCUCCACAUCCAAGACGUUGGAGCAAGUCGACGAACUUGUGAGCGUAGGAAACUCGGUUUUCAAGCUACCACUUGACGAAAAAGAGGAGUACAGCACCGAGAACCAUCUACCGUCAAGACUGCAGGGAUAUAAACGAGCUGGUUGUUCUGUUGGACCCUUUGAUCAGAAGAAAGAUGGCUAUGAGAGCUUCUCGAUUCACAACAACGGCAUAUUUGGGCAGGAUGCCCUGCAGCUCCCCCGGGGUUUCCGGGACAUCCUCCCAUUGCUGACGGCUUUUAUGAGCCAAGUCCACGACUACACCGAAUGCAUUUUGUCCAUCCUGUCAAAGGCCCUCGACCUCCCCUUUGACCUGAAAGAUUGUCAUCGCAAGGACAAGCCAUCUUCCGCGAACAUCGCGCUGCUCAAAUACCUCCCCUGGAACAGCGACAGUGAGAGGAUCGGAAACAUGGCACACACCGACAUGGGGACGUUGACUGUUGUUUUCACCCAAUCCGAGGGAUUGCAGGCGUUACUGCCUGGACCGUCCGGAGGAGAUGAAUGGUCCUAUAUCCCUCCACGACCCGGACACGCCGUUGUGAAUGUGGGCGACUCGCUGCGCUUCUUGUCCAAUGGGGCCCUGGCCUCGUCUCUGCAUCGCGUCAUCCCACCCCCGCCGCCCCAUUUCCCUGGCCAAGAUAAGUUUUCCUGUAUUUAUUUCCUGCGGCCGGAAUUUGAUGCCAAGUUCACGGACAGUUCUGGGAGGCAGGUCAACAGUGUUGAGUGGCAUAACCAGAAGUAUUCUCUGUUUCGCGAGGCUAGUCUGGACCCAAAGCAGCAUGGCGCGAUGUUGACUGGGCGCAAGGGAUACCUUGGAUCGACUGGUCAGACUGUUUAA